AUGGUUUUCACGUCAGCUACCACCUCUAUGACCAUCAGGCCGGACCUGGUUAUACCACUCAAGGCAGCAUCUGUAACUGGUACUCUACGACACAGCGAUGUGAGCAAUGGCAAGGUCAUCCCAAUCGUCCACAAAGGCGAAAGUAAAGUCGACUUUGGUGCUGAAGUGUACGGAAUUGACCUGAACGACUUCUCGGAUGCAGACUUUGCUUUGAUACAUGAUGCUCUCCAUAAGCACAAGCUGCUGGUCUUCAAGGAGCAACCGGGAAUGCUCAAACCUCAGCAACAAUACAGAUUGACUUCGAGCUUCGAUCCUGACGAGACAAUCGGUGGCUUCGCACAUGGUACGGAUCCAUAUCUCACCUCGCACAAUGGGGUUGACAUAUAUGGCUUGCCAAAUCGUCCAGCAAUACCAAUUCAGCCUCAAGUACAUAUUCUCGGCCGUGGUGAGGUUCCUACUGAUCACUACUCUCUGCCACCUAAGUUCAAGAUCAAGGGCAUCGACCAUGUUGACUUUCAUCUGCCUCCGCACAUAUCGACCGAGGACCGUGAGAAUGGGGCCAGCAGAUUCUACCAGUGGCACUUUGACGGAUCUUUGUACAACAUCCCGCCACCGAGGGUAGGCUGCUUACUAGCUGUACGUACUCCGAAGGGGCCAGAUGUCACGGUACGGUGGGAUGAUGGCUCAGGUUCAGAGCUCAAAAUCGCACCUGGUGCCACAGCAGUAGUUGCAGGCUCUCGAGCUCUCGAGCUCCUGGACGAUGAGCUAAAGAACAUUGUGCUAUACUCACGCAUUGAGUAUGCGCCUCAUGCUUUCAAGUGGAUGUCGACCGCACACUCAACAAGACUGGGUCAUCUCAUUGAGACGGAGGGUUUGGAGGUCCCACUGGAUCGACUACCGGCCUGGGAGCAGAGUAAACUAUGCAUUUACCCAAUGGUUUGGUCGAAUCCAGUGACAGGAGAGCAGUCAUUGCAAGUACACGGCCAAGGUGCAUACAGGCUAUACCUCAAAACUGCACCUGAUGCCGAGGAAACGAUUGUCGACGAUCUUCACGAGGUGCGAGCUUUCAUGCAUCGGCAAGUUGUCAUGCGACCAGUACUUUCACCCGAGAACAUUUAUGCCCACCCUCACCAGGAGCAAGAUGUCAUCUUGUGGUACAACAGAGCGUUAUGGCAUAGCAUUACUGAAUUUCCCGAAAGCUAUGGGCCACGCAUCAUGCACCAAUGCAAUGUUGCUGCAUCUGAUCAUCCUUCCGGCUAG